UAUAAACCCAUGUGCACAUAAUAGGGGUUGCAAGAGGAGGUGGAUGGCAGCUUUGGGGAGCCUACAUCAAUUUUGGUGCAUAUUAUCUGGUUGGACUUCCGGUGGCUGCCAUUCUAGCUUUCAUAGUACAUUUAAGAGGGAAGGGUCUUUGGAUCGGCUUUAUAGUUGGUUCUAUUGUUCAAACCGCACUCCUGUUGCUUAUUACAGCCCUCACAAACUGGAAAAAACAGGCAACCAAGGCAGAGAUGAGGGUAACUGGAAACUGAGUCAACUGAGAUAAUUUAAGCUAUGAAGCACAGAAAUGUGGUCAUGUACCAGAAUGUUUUUACUUAUCGAUAGUAUCAAUAUUAUAUACGUUCUAAAAAUUAAUUUCAAUAAUGUAUUGAUGUCUUC